CUCUGCUUUCAGCACGAUGCCCAGAUGGAUUACUACGGGACUCGCCUCGCCACCUGCUCCUCGGACCGCACCGUGAAGAUGUUCGACGUCAGAAACGGAGGACAGAUCCUGGUGGCUGACCUCAGAGGCCACGAGGGUCCGGUUUGGCAGGUGGCCUGGGCUCACCCCAUGUUCGGAAACAUCCUGGCUUCCUGUUCCUACGACCGAAAAGUCAUCAUCUGGAAGGAGGAGAACGGCAGCUGGGACAAGAUGCACGAGUACUGCGGACACGAGUCAUCAGUGAACUCUGUGUGUUGGGGUCCCUAUGACUUCGGUCUGAUUCUGGCCUGUGGCAGCUCGGACGGAGCCAUUUCUAUCCUCACUUUCACCGGAGAUCAGCAGUGGGACGUCAAGAAGAUCAGCAACGCACACACUGUGAGUUUGAGACACUUCUGAAUACUCAAUUCCAGC